ACGCGGAAGGCCUUAUGGCUCGGGUGGCCAACCUAUGUGACACGGUCACACAACGUCUGCUGCUGACUGACCCGGGACUUCAAGGUCGUGGCCCGCGUCCCCAGGUGCCGGUCCCAACCUACACCGGCUACGACGACCGGAAGUCCGUGGCCGACUUCCUCGCAGAGCUGGCGGCCUACAAGCUUGCUGCGGGCGCCUCGGACGAAUACGUCCUCGCGCGCGUUUUGCCCGUUGCGUUGCAGGCGAGUGCAGCCCGCUGGUGGCGCAUCGUGGCCCCGUUCCUGUCCUGGGAAGACUUUCGGCGGAGGUUCCAGGACGAAUUUCUUCCGCCUGGGUACCAGUCUCGAGUUCAGCGAGAACUGGAGCGCCGAACCCAGCACCCGGACGAGACCCUGGUCGAAUACGUCCGGGUGAUGCAGGAGCUCUUCGAUAGGGCCUGCCCAACGACACCAGAGUCGGACAGGGUUGCUCGGGUCGUACAGCAGAGCCAUCCCAGAUUCCGACCCUACCUACAUGGCCGCACCUACGAGACCCUUGAGCACCUGGCCCGGGACGCUCGCGGCAUCCAAGAGACGCUUCUGGCAGAGCUCCAGUACCGGCCGCCACCGCCGCCCGAGGAAGCUCUCGAACCGUCCUGUGCCUGGUCAGCUCCCGGGCCCAGAGGAGGUCCGACUCAGCGCCAACCCCAGGAGUAUGGCGCGGUCCUUCCCCCCCGCGCGCUGGACCCCUACGCCUUUGGACAGCGGGAGCGCGGGAGAGCACCACCCGGUGGCUUGGACCCCCGGCCUAGUGCCUGGCCGGCUGGAUCGAGACUACGGCAGGGUGAAAGCCGUUUAAGGUCCUUCCCCCGUGAUUCGCUCCGGGGCGCGGAUCGCUGGCCCAACGAGGGAAGCAACAGGACACAACGACAGGCUCCAAGCAGCCAGACACGCGACACUGACCGCCGCAUUUCGGUGCGCUGCUUUGGCUGCGGCCGACAAGGUCACUUCCGCCGAGACUGCCCGGAUUUGUUGGGCAACCGUCCUGCGGUCUCGGAAAACCAGCACGGCCGACGGCGUUGACCCCUGAGCGCCCGCCGGCCGCGGUGACCAUGGACAACCCGGCAGCACUACCAUCGCAUGCCGCGAGUCAAUCAGGCUGCCAGACGGUCCCCAUCACCACCCCGGCACUGGCGACCCAG